AUGGGGGAGAGCGGCGGCGGCCGCGCGUGCUCACCGUGGUCCUCCGUAGUCGCGUCGUUGGCCGCAUCAUUGAGGCGGCUGCUCGUCGCGGUGGUCUUGUUCACGUGGCUCCCGUUGAUGUGCCAUGUCCAGGACUGCAGGUACACCGACGCCACCGCGUUGAGGCAAAGCGGUAUCGAGGUGGGCAUCAUCGGGGGCGGCGAACGCUAUGAGGAAGACCUCCGCGCAGGCCACGAGCACGCACGCGCCGCGGUUGUUCUCGGCGAUGUCCUUGGCGAGACGGAGCGUGCUGCAGCCGGUGGAGCAGCCGUGCAUGUAGAGGGAAGCAGCGGCAAGCCGGCGUGGUGCGGCGUCGUGGCGAGGAAGAGGCAGUUCUCCGGCGGCGAGUACGGCCACCAUGGGCCACAUCUAUCCAUGCCGAAGAUAGGGCCACCCACGUCAUCGUUGUCGUCCUUGUCGUCAAACGACCGCCGGCGUGGGUGGCUCACCCUCGAUCAGCAGCGCCGAGCGCCAGACGGGGUCCACCUCGCCGUCGGUGGCGAUGGUGAGCCACGCGUCCAUGUUGUUGAAGAGCGUGCACCGCAGCCCUCUCGGCGGUGGCGGGGAGACGAGGUGGUCACUCGGCACGCUGAUGGCCGCCGCACCACCGUCCACGCGGGAGCAAAAGAGGAGACCUGGUGGGGGAACAAAGGGCAAAUGAGUGCAACGAAAAUUUUCUCCACUCCUAUCUAACGCCGUUACUUCAGAAUGUGACGGAAGUGCUACGGGACAAAGAAAAAUCGGUGGCCUAUGCU